AUGUCUCAAGCACCUAUCGACGCUCAAGCGCCCAAGAAGAUCGGAAUCAUAAUUGGCAGCACACGCCCUAACCGCAUCGGCGACCAAGUCGCAGCCCUCAUCAAAUCCACACUAUCAGAAGCAUCAACCCCAAACUUAACUCUCUCCCUAGUCGACAUCGCAGCCUUCAAUCUCCCUCUCUUCAAUGAAGCAAUCCUUCCCGCUCAAGUCCCUGCCCAAGGAGAAUUCGCCCACGAGCACAGCAAAGCGUGGAAUGCCGAGAUCGCCAAAUACGACGGGUACGUCUUCGUGACUGCGGAAUGGAAUUUCGGACUUCCUGGAGUGACGAAGAAUGCGAUUGAUUACUUGUACCACGCUUGGAUCGGGAAGCCAGUGCUGAUUGUUAGUUAUGGGAUUAUGGGGGGCAUGUCGGCAAGUGAACAGUUGAAGAAGACGCUGGAGGGGAUGCAUUUGAGGGUUGUGGAGACGAGGGUAUCUCUCACAUUUCCUGGUGCGGAUCCUGCGAAUCAUAAUAUGAGUCCUGGUUUGAUUGGAGCGAUUGGUGGAAAGCUUAUAGAUGAUGUGAAAGAGAAGUGGAGGGUUGAUUCGAAGGAGGAGCUGUUAAAGGCUUUUGGGGAGUUGAAGGAGAAGCUUGUUUAG